UGCUUCGCAUUUGAGUAAAUUAAUAAUAAUGCAAAAACAAAAUGCUAAAUGUCAACGUCAAAUAAGUUUGCGUAAUAAGAAUUUCCUUAACGAAAUAUCAUUUAGCGAUUGCAGCUGAGCAGCUGAGCACUGAGUGAAUGGGAAUUUUUUUAGUGAAUGAAAAAGUGAGAAUACAUACUUAUGCACAUGUUCACAUGAAUUUAACAUACCAUGAGCAUACAUAAAUAAGUAUGUAUUUAUGUAUGUGUGUAUAAAGGUCUAUGUCUAUACAUGCAUACGCAUUUCCACCAAAUAGCUUUGUGAACUUGAAAAUACUGCUUUGACCUGUCUGAACUUGAACCUGACAAAUUGUACGUGAACGUGAAAAUUCUGCUGAUAACGCUAUUGCUUCCUGCUGCUACUGCACAUGCAAUUGGCGUCACAAAAUCAUCAAUGUAUCGGAAACUGCAAAUGUACAUGUGUUUAUAUGAAUUCUAAACUAAAAAUAAAAACAAAAGUUUUUGUUGCCAAUUUUUGAAGUAUCUCAGCAGUUCUCUUACAGCCAACUAGUCGAAAUGCAUUCGUGACUUCAAGCGCAUUCGCAGAAUUCUUACAACAAAAACGUGCAUGCUUAAAUAGCAACUUGUAAAUUUUGGUGUCAUUAAGUGCCGAACAAAAUAAAUAAAUAAAAAAAAAAAACAAACAAAAAAUCUAUUAAAAAAUUAUACUUAAUUAUUAUUGUGCAAAUUUGAGAAAUUGACUGCAGCACAGCAUUUGCCCAUAAACAUCAAUGUAUAAUGAGUAAGUCAACGGCAUGCGACACUUUGAAAACAAGUCAAGUCUACUGCCAGACCACACUACCCACUUCCAGUGAUAGCAACAAUGGCUUAGAUAACAGUAAUAAAACGGCAAAAGCAAAGUCACCAACAUCACCAACGGCGAAGCCAAAGAAAGUGCGUCGCGACAAAAGUGAUCUGGGUGAGAAUUUCAAAGCACCAGAUGGCGGUUGGGCUUGGUUGGUGUGCAUUGCAGCGGGUUGUUCGAACCUUUCGAUCUAUCCAUGCCUGCAGCAAUUUGGUUUCAUAUUCCGUGAACGUUUGAGUGUUUUAGGCUUAACCAGUUCACAAAUCACCACAAUUAUCAAUACAAAUCCAGCUGUGUCAGCGUGUACAGGUCUGCUAAAUGGACCAAUGUUUCGUCGCUUCACAUUCCGCCAAGUCGCCAUGGCGGGUUCGUUUUUCAUCUUCACUGGCCUAAUGCUGACAGCCUUUUGUGAAUCCUUUGUGGGUUAUAUGAUAACUUAUGCGCUUCUUUUCGGUUUCGGUGUGGGCAUCAGCGUUUCUGCCUCCUCGCUUGCCAUCAAUACAUACUUCAAGAACAAGCGUCGACGCGCCGCUGGCUUUUCAUGGACACUCACCGGUUUGGGCCCAAUAUUCCUGCCGCAUGUAGUCACAUUGUUUGUCUCCUAUUAUGGCGUACAGGGCACUGUCUUCAUAUUCGCUGCACUCUCACUGCACUCACUAGUUUGCGCACUCAUCUAUCAACCGGUGCGCUAUCACGCACCACCACCCGAGAUACCUGAAGCCGCAGGCGAUUCGGGCAUUGCAGCUGGUGAAGCGGAAUAUCUCUGUGAAUAUUGUCAACUGCAAUGCAAACGCAACGGCAUCUUUUCCAGUCAAUAUCUAUAUCAGGACGAUGACGAAGCUAUGCCUGGGUAUGAAAUAAUUGAGCCUGGCACGCCGAUGUUGUCACGCGCCAACGAUGGUUGGUUCGGUUCGAAGUUGUCGUUGGCCUCAACGCAUAGAGCGGGUGUACCACGCUUUCGCACCGUCUCCAGUUCGAAGGAUAUCGAGGGCAUUAACAGUCGUCUCAACCGUGUGAUAUCUGAUGAAGAACUGAGGACGACGGAGGUUUACAAACCGAACAACUUCAAACGUGAACGCGACGAAGUUUUGCUCAAACAAUCGGCUAGCAAUAGUAACUUUCGUACGACGCCACAUAAUGGUGGUGCGACGGCUCCAUUAUAUUGUACUUGUGCCGAGGAGCGUAUGCUACUCGAGAAGGCACAACUUCGUUCGAGUCUGUUGAAUAAGAAAUUGGAAACGACAGCGGAAGAGGAUGAAGAUGCUGUUGCGUCGGUGAAGAGUUUCACCUUUAUGCAAAAAGUGGUGGCAUUCUUCGAUUUGGAUUUGUUGCGAGAUUUCACAUUCGUCAAUCUGGUCAUUGGCUUGACAAUCAUAAAUUUCGGUGAACUCAAUUUUUCCAUCUUAACGCCAUUCAUAUUAAAUGAUUUCGGCUUCACCACAUCACAAAUUACGUCCGCCAUGUCUGUGCUGGGUGGAUUGGAUAUAAUCGUGCGGUUCUUCGUGCCAUUUGUGACGGAGAAAAUACCGUGGGACAAUCGGGUGUUCUUCCUAAUAGGCGUUGUUGGCAUCGCACUCGGUCGCACUGUUGUGGCCUGCACACGCUCGUACACCGUGAUACUCUGCACCUUUGUGUGGAUUGGCAUGUGCAAAGGUGUGCGCACGAUCUUCUGGCCUCUUAUUAUACCCAGUUGUGUGCCACUAAAGCGUCUACCAGCAGCUUCCGGUCUGCAAUUACUCAUAUCCGGUCUCUUUACAUUUGCGUGUGGACCAUUUGUGGGGCUCAUACGCGAUCGUUUCAAUUAUUCGAUCACCCUGCAUUUCCUCAACAUGAUGUCGUUUAUCGCUGCCACUUCCUGGACGCUAGAGGCGCUGGUGCGCCGUUAUCGUCGUCGCCGACGCAGCGAACGUAAACGAUCGUGCGUUACGUGACUGCUAGCAAGCGUUAUUGCCGGCAGAUGUCGCUCAGGCGAGUGGAGCAGAGACACAAACCUUUUGAUUGCCUGGCAGGCGUUAAAUGAGCAGUUAGUUAUCGAUAAUAUGUACUUUUAUAUAAAUUAAAUUUAAGCAUAAAUUAACUUAUUAUAAAAAUAAUUUUAAGAAUUUUCCUCUGUAAUAUAUGUAUGAGUGUACGUGCACACAUCAAAGCCAAAUCAUUGUUCGUUUCAUGGCAUAUAACCGAGCAUAUGUGAAUGUAACUAUGUAAAUAUAAAUUUAUAAAUAUAAUAAAAUGUUCCUUAGUCAUUCAAUAGUGAA